AGCUCGGUCUGAUGCACAGAGGAAGGCAGCCGAGACAGGAUGAGACUCUGAGGACGACCACCGCUCUCAAGGCAGGAUGGAGAUGUGGCUCAAAGGCGCAAUUCUUGCAUUGCUAACAGUGUUAGGAGCAACCCUGGUACUGACAAGAGGGGACCGACUAAAUUUGGAGGAAACAAAUGAUACGGGACGAAGAGAAAGAACAGUUUCUCCAGGCUCCUCUCUGAAAUUGCACUGCUGUUUGAAUCACGAAGAAGCUGAAAGAUGUCAGGUCUCUUGGCAUUUUGAGCCCUCUGGAAAAAAUUUAACUGAAAGGGCUAAAAAAACCCCCCUCUGUAAUCGAACUAUAUUAAAAAACUGCAAUGAUAUGUGUGACAACAUGUCAUGCAUCUUAUCAAAUAUUAGUGAAUCAGACAUUGGAUGGUACUAUUGUGAAGUCAAAAUAGAGAUUCCCAGACUAAAACAGCUUCAGAGCAACAAAACUAAAGUCAUAGUGGAGAACUUUACGGAAAAAACAACGGUUCAGUCACAAACGACGAAAAGCCAAGUGACCAGAGAAAAGGAAGACCGUGACCAGAGCGAGAAUUUGUGGAUGUGGAUCGUCGUGGGGGCGUCAUCUUUCGUCCUUGUCGUGACCGCCCUGCUGGUCACCUGUGUUGUGCAGAAAAAGAGGUGCAGCAGAAGCAUAGAGGAGCCCGUCUACGCAAACACCCGUCUGGGUAAGCCGUCACCCCGGCUGAUGCCUGCGGACAACCCGAAGUCAGCUUCCUCCUCUCAGGACUUGCGGACGCCGAUCUCUCCCCGGAGGUACGAGGGCAGAAACCAGAGAUACAAACACUGAGGAGCCCGCGGACCUCAGACCGACAGACUGACAUUAAUCAGCUGAAUGCGAACUCAUGAUACAUUUCUGUUUCAUAAUUUUAUUAUAAAUUAAGCCUUCUGUAAGUAAUGGAGAAGUGACUUUUAUUGGCCACUAGAUGACGCACUUUGAUGCUUUUAUGAACUUCUAAACUUUUUUUAUUAUUAUUUUCUUUUACAUCUCAGCAUCUGUGUGCAUGAUCAAAUUGUAAAUAUUUUUGCAUGUUAAGUGAACAAAAAUAAUGAGUUAUAUACAGAUCUAAUUAUUUUUAUUUUUAUUUUUUUACUGUGACUUUUUAUAUUGAAGUUAUUAAAGCUGAUAUUUUUCUGCUCGUCA